UUAUCAUCACCGCAGAGAGUCUCUUGUUCUCGGAAAUUGGUUUUACAUUGAAUUUAUACUGCAAUUUCUCAUAUGUGGCAAAGCAAACUAAUCAAAUGCUCAUGCAAUACUUUAAAAUAAUGUAUUACAAGAUGUUCAACUGCUCCUACAUUCCCUUGUUGAAAUCUUUGCAUCCUUGUAGGUGAAUUCUAUUCAUAGAAGUACAUUUAUUUAUUUUCUCGUUUACAAACUUAUUAGACGUGCAACUAAAAUACCAGUUACACAUUCACCAGCUAUUAAAAACACAGAAUAUGCCAUUUCUUCUUUGUGAGGUGUGACCACAAAACACUGACUGAUAAAGAGCUAAUAAAGGACAUGUGGUAAAGUAAAACAUACAUCUUGUAACUCAUUUAAGAUCUCCUAACAGGUUUUGGGUUGGCUGUCAGCGGUCGACUCGAGGGCCGCAAGUUUGUGUGAUUUCACUUCCUGUGAGUUUUUGCUGUAUUAAAGUAUUUUUUUUGCAUCUGCCCUUCUUGGUUCUGCAUUUGGGUGAGUCUCUACUGCUCACUAAAAACAUCAGUGAUAGUCUUUAAAAUCUUAUAAAACAGCCCUUUUCAUUUUUCUUGUGUUAUCAAAUCGACAGUGAGACCAAAUGUAGCGUCUGUGCUUUACUGGAACCUCUUUCUGUAUUCAUAUUCAAAAGUAGAAACAGAAGUAACACAGUAAUCAUAGAUUGCAACAACAUCCGCCUCCUGGGCUUCUGCUGUAAAACAUUUGGUAACACUUUACAUUUUAAAGGUUAAAGCUGGACUAUAAAUAUCGCAGACUAACAACACUGUGCAUAUCUCCACUAAGAGAAGGUGCAUUCAACGGAUUCAGAGAUUUCUCUUCCUCAUCAGUGAUGGAGCUGAAGUUGUGGUUGUCCUUUCUGUUGUUACAUGUAAUCCAUGUCCAGUCUUCUUCCGGCCAAUGGUUAGCAAACGUACCAGCAAGGAUUCCUGUCGUGCAGGGCUCCUGUGUGGUGAUUCCCUGCAGCUUCAACUACCCCAGGCCCACCUCAAAGCAGAUCCUGAACAGGUGGAAAGGGUUCUGGAAGGACGGGAAAAAGUUUGUCUCAACCACUAUCCCCAAAUGGAAACUAGCUGAGGAAUACAGAAGACGAACCACGUUUUUGGGAGAUCUGGCAGCACGCAACUGCAGCAUGCUGCUGGAUGGUGUCAGGAACACUGAUGUCGGCCCUUUCUACUUCAGGAUUGAAAUGCCACACUACACAAGCUACUCCUACACAAUGAAUCCAGUACACAUUGAUGUUUUACGCAAACCGACGCCUCCAUCUCUGUCUGCGGAGGUGAAAGCAAAAGUAACUGCCUACUGCUCUGUGACUCACCCCUGCCCAACGAAUGCCCCCGAAUUUUCCUGGAGCCAAUCUGGAACCGCCAGCCGCCGGUCAAAGAAGCUGAAUACUUGGCAGUGGAAGACGAUAUCAACCCUGACCUUUCGCCUUCGACCCACUACCUCCAACCAGACUCUGAACUGCACGGUGCGGUACAGAGGAGGCAAGCAGGCGACGAGCUCGAUGAUUCUGCCAAUAUGACGUGAGCCCGGUGUGAAUAUCGCCCUUUCAGUCUGCACGCCAAAUGAAUGCACGUGUGAAUAAGUUUCACAUCUAUACUUUUAAUGACUCUCAGCUGCUACAUUUGUACACAUUUAAUUUCCAUACAGAUGUUGAGCUGAAAAAUAAGUAGUUCCCUGAUGUGGUAUGAAGACAGAGAUACUGUUGGACCAAAGGAGAACUAUAAGUCUACACUCUGAAUUAAGAAACACAAUCACUCAGUUGACACUUCACUGCACACUGUAAUGUAAUUUGAAAGACCUGAAAUGUGUCACUCUCAUGAUCAGUUGUUUACUUUAGUAAUGCUUAACCGUUUAAGGCUUAUUUCCAUAUGAUUUACUGUGUUUUAUUAAAAUCAAAUACCAAAUAAAUUAGUAACUGUAUGAUUGUGUAAAAGAAAGAAGGGUAUGAAGGAGAAAGAUGCCCUUGUGAAUGUCAGUAUGAACAGUAUGAACAUGAACAUAAAUAAAUGUGUAUAUUUAAAAAAAAUAUUAUUUCUACUAAGUUUAAAUGACAGGAAACCUUUUUUAUAACAACUUACCAUUUUCUAAAAACUCUCACUGUUAUUAAAAGCAUCACCAAAAUCCCGCCUGCUCCAGAAGCGAUGACAAUAUAAAGAUUCUGCUUCUUACCUGUCCAAACAGAAACCAUGUGAUGUCAUUGUUUCUCUUCAUCAACAUACAAUGUAUGCCUCUUGUCUGGAGGUGUAUGUCAUGCACUUUUGGAAAUAAAAUAAAAAUCGUCCUCACUGUUAACAGGUAAAGCAAGUGUUAGGUUGGCUUUGCCAAGCGUGUUGUUUGCCAUGUAUAAUACAACACAGUUUUGUGAGAAUAUGUAAUCAAUGUAGUUAAUAAAAAAACUUGAUUUUA